AUGGCCGGUGCGAGUCGGCAAUGGCAGCACCCUCACGUGGAUAUCUUCAAGAGCUUUGGCACCGAUGCUUCCAGCAAUUCGCCCUUUCCAGCCUCCUCGCUGGUCGCAGACGUGCGCGGGGAUGUCACCGAGGAGAUGGAUCGGGAGAUUUGCAAGCAUGUCUUCCGCAUCCAAGGGGCCGUGUCGGCCAAUCACUUCAUCCAGUUGCCUGCUAGGAAGGUGAAAUCCAUGGGACUCACAGGGGAAUACGUCUACCUCUUAGUGAAGCCUUUGGAACUGAAGUUCUUUCUGGUUCACUUGGAUUUUGUUGUGAGCAGCGGCAAUCGUCUCCGCUGCGGAUGGGAGUCGACAGGCAUCAGUUUUGGACCUUUGAUCGCAACUGCAGGUGAAGAUUGGGCAUCACUGCAUCCAAUGCCCUUGCAAACUUCCAGAUUCUUGGACCGUGCCUUUGCCGACAGUGGUCCAAGAGUUCGCCAUGGCCCACCUUUAGCCCCACCCCCAUCUCCAACCCCUUCAACCCCAUCCCAGCUCCCCAGCCCCACCUCCCAUCCCCGGCCCUUCGUCCUCCGCUCCCUACAGCUCUGCGCCUCCUGCGGGUGCGGGGUGCCUUCGGAUCGCCGCUAUUCUCCACCAGAUGCACCUCGAGACUUAGCGCCGGGCGCGGCCAACUGGCAGUGGAUGGACGCACCGUUGCGGGUGGAGGCCGUCGUGCCCAAGAACGGCGAAAAGAGCAGGAUAGCAGAGGAGAUGAAAGGCAAACAUCCUACGGAAGGCACAGCAGACGCAGCCCCAUUGGAGCCGGCCAGUGAGCUCGAAGAUGCCUGGUCGGCAGCUGAAGUGAAGCCCAAACCAUUGAUGCGCUUUUCAUCUCUGCUGGGUGCCACUCAGCCAUCCCGAAGGCUCCGAAUGGGAGGAACUUUGACCAAAGUCCCGGGCCGCUUCGCGGUGUUUGCUUCACCUGGUCCGGUGGAGGACGAUGCAGUGGAGGCCCACAAGGUGGUGGGCAUUGCAUCCAUGUCCCUGUCAUUCUCGUCAAUUGAUGACGGGAAGGCGCACUGGUGGGGUGGCUCAAUAGCUCAGUUCUUAUGGCCGCAAAGGGCGGCAAUGAAAGUUGAAGGAAAGAGGCCACCUGAGAGGCGAAUUUUGAUCAUCUUCGACGGAACGCGUGGAGAUACCCAGCCGUAUCUCCUGGCAGCAAAGGCUCUCAUGAAAGCGGACUUCGAUGUGAUGGUCACCGGGCCAGGCGAUGCCGGCCGAAUGGCGCAGGAGUUUCAAGUUCCUUUUACUCGGAGCCGCCUGAGCGCCCAGAAGGUGUUUGCAGACCCAGAGAUGGCAAAGGAGUUUGCAACAGAUGAUGUGACAAAAGUGCUGGCGUCGAUGGACAAGAAGAAAGACGAAUUUCUCACAGAGUCAAGCAGGGAAAAGGACCUUGAAGCCUUGUGUACAUUGAUUCAAGAGUGGAAACCUGACUUGAUUUUGGCCGGCGUGGUGUUGCUGGCUCUGGUGAUCAUGGUCAGCAAGGUUCACAGAGUUCCAGUGGUGAGCUUCACGCUUGCACACGGGAGGGUGUGCAAGUCGUUGAAGCCGAUGUAUAUGCCCGACUGGCUUCCAAAAUUCAUGUGGUGGCAGCUUUGGCGUUUUUUGGUCUUUGCAAUGGCCAGGUCAGAGUUCAAGCAGUCGGGCCCCACUCUGAGCAAACUCCUGGGCGUCCCAAUGGCGCAGCUCCGCUGCACUGCCAACGAGAUGAGUCGCUAUUUUUCAGCCAACGCCACUUUCCUCAGCAUCAUUGCCACCAGCCCAGCGGUCCAUGGCGAUCUCCCGCAGGACUUCAAUGGCAAUAAUGUGCAGAUAGGUGCUUUGAUGAUGCCUUUGGCGGAAGAGCAGGGCAUCAGCAGCUUUGGAUCUGAAGAGGUGCAGGAGUGGCCAUCACGAGUAGCCUGUGGCUGCCUUAUUUGGGCCGUGGGACUCUUUGAGCCGAUUUGGCGCUCCUUUGAAGCUCAGAUAGGCGCAGGCACCCCUGAAGGACCUUUGAAUCUCAUCCAGGCUACUCAGGUGGGGUUAGUUUGGCGUAUGGCCAGACGUAUCAUGGCAGCAGCCUCCCGGGUAGACGAGACAAACUUCGUGGACGUGGACCCUUGGUUGGAAGCUUCAAGCACCAGUGCAGGAGGUACAGGUCCACCUAGGCAGAGGAGCCCCUCUUGUGGCAUCGCAGCUGGCUGCACUUCACAAGAGGGUCUUCGUGGAGAACAGGCCAUCGUAUACCGAUUUUUCGGUUUGGACAUGAUUCGAGAGGCGAAUGAGCCGAGUGCAGAAGUGCCGCGUGUACACUCCAUGAGGAGAUGGCACUUACCUUCAGCGAGACCUACCAGUUCCAAGCAGCUACACUGCUUGGAAAGCGUCGUGGAACGUUUUCAAAGCAGCAUGCCUGAUGCUGAACAUUGUUCGAUUGCGUCAUUGGAGGCGUACGCCAAGCAGGUGGAGAAACUGACGACGCAGUGGCCACGUAAAGGAGCUCCUUGCAUUGCCACUGCAGCUGCAGAUGCCAUCCAGGGAGCACUUGGGCAUGAGCAGGAACUUGGCCAAGGAACCUCUGCAAAGGAGCUGGAGGUGGAAAAGGGAGGGGCAAAGGAAAAUCCAAAGACCAAUCAGGUUGCAGCUUUUGUGUUGGAUUGCAAGGGGCGCGAUGAUCCGGAAGCUGUGGAGCCUGUGAAGGCCGAGGCAGCAGGUCAAGUGCAAGCCAAAUCUGAAGCUGGAGAUAAAGAGGCACAUGGCAGUCCAAAGGAAGUGAAAGAAAAGGUGGAUCCCCAAGGGAAGCAGAUCUCACUCUCAGUCCGAGGAUUAGAAAGUGGCACCGGAAUCCUUUGGGUGGCGAUGUUGUUUGGCUUCAAGGCAGCACCACUCGUUAUGGGCCGCUUGAGCGCAGCCGUCGAGUGGCUGGUGCAGUCGUUGUUCCACCCAGCUUCAGGACAAGUCCAAGUCUGCAUAGACGACGUGGAGCCCGGAACUGCGCAACCUGCAGUUAGCGAAGGUGCUGUACGUCAUGGCAGCGUUUGGUGGACGGUGACAGCCAUGUACGCGGUUCUCACCAGCGUGCUGCAGGAAGAAGACGCGCCAAAACAGACGUGGAGACACACGUUCAAAGCAUGGACUUUUUGCGGUCAAGCGUCUGGGCACAGCUAUGCCUUGGCUGAAGGCGGCUUUCGAGACACCAGAGACCAUGUUGAUCAGAAGGGAGCCGCUUCUGGAACAAGAGCCGACGUGGUGUUGUCACAGACGCUUCACCCGGCGGAGUUGGGGGUGUACUUAGCCACCGAGUACAUUGUGGAGGCUUUUGAGGCACCGGUGCAACCCCACCAGGCAACGGCACUGGAAAUUGAGUUCAACAAGCCUGGAAGGGUUAGGCUCACCAGCCGAGGGCCGAUGCCAGCCAACCUCGUGGGCGUCAAACUCAGACGGACGACAGCCCUAUCUGAGAGGCAUGGGACUCCUACGGCCACCAGCUUGGCUCAGUUUGACAGAGAUAAGAGCUCCAGACACAUCGGUGCCAAGCUCCUCCAGUCGCAGACCGGUCUCUUCACUUUGGGGCCCAGCAAUGCCAAGGUCGAGAAGGCCAACGACAGGCUCCUACAGCCAUCAGCAGCGAGCAAGCGACACCACAACAACGAUGGGGGCGAUGAUCGCGGCCGCAAGACCUCGAAGGUGAGCCACAGGGAUCAAUCUUUGCAAGAGUGCGAGAGCAAGGCAAAAGUUCCCCUGAAGCUGGCAGGCGGCAUGGCGCGAGACAAAACUUGGCCGGGGAAAGCCAGAAAGGCCUUCAUAAAGAAGUUUUACUCACCCUGCACCCUGGCGACCAAGAGCGCCAAGAAACGCAAGGUGGCAGAGAUCUUGGAAGGACUAGGAGGAGAGCCCUUCCCAGUGAUGGUGGAGAGCGUGACGAGUCUAGCCACGGUACUGGAUUCCACGGGCAUGAAAGCGGGAGAUCAGCUUCUCAUCAAGAAGUCCAAGACGGAUCAGAAGGCUCAGGGCACCUGGAGAAAGAACGUUGGGGUGUUGUACGUGGAGGACGCGAUGACUGAAGUACGGGAGCCGAAACGGGAAGCAUCCCCGAAACGAUCUACAGAAGCAGCACAGCAAGUUCAGGCGAAAGAGAAGCCCAUCGUGAAUGAAGCGGACAAGGAAAAGGUAUACGCUGUCCAACUCCAGAGCAAAGUGGACGAAGCAUUUGGUGGGGCAGGCAGCGUAGGGCAUCCCACUGGACAGCUGGGCCAUGGUUUGUGGAUGGAACUUCGCGAAGCGAAAUGUCAAGGUUUGGGAAAGAUUCAGACACAGUCUGAAGCACAGCUGCUGUUAGCAGACAAGACCUACCAUCCUGCCAAAAAGGAUGCCUGUCCGCUAUGGAGGGAGGGUGUGCAUGAGUUCCUUGAUUCCGGCAGUGCACCUGUCUACUUCGGUUUCGGAUCAAUUAUCUGUCACACUUCGAAGUUCAUGACCCUUCUGUGCUUGAGGGCUCUGAGACUCACCGGUGAGCGUGGCAUCCUGUGCCGGGGGUGGAGCACCAUGUGCUUGGACGAUUUGCAGGGGGAGGUUGACGGUUUCAAAAUGCGGGAUGGGCUGCACGGAGCAGAGGCGGAUGAAGAGGAUCUAAAGGCAUAUUGCCAUGAGAAGGUUCUGUUCGUGGACAAGGCCCCACACGGCUGGCUCUUCCCGAAAUGUCAGGUGGUGGUGCACCAUGGAGGUGCCGGGACGCUGCACGCCAGCGCCAGGAGUGGCCGGCCCACUUUGAUUGCGCAGAUUUUUGGUGAUCAACCUGCCCAUGCUGUGCUGGUCAAUGAAAGAGGCUUCGGGCUGAGCCUGAAGUCCAUGCCGAAGGCGACGCCGCUGGAACUGGCCGACACGAUCCGGAAGUGCAUCAACACGCUGUCAAUCCAAGCCAAGGCCAAGGAAGUGGCUGAGCAGAUGAAGAAGGAAGAUGCGUCCGCGAGGUUGGUUGAAGUAAUCAAAGACUACAUGGAAAGCCACAUCCGGACGGGAAAACACAUGAAAACCUUGGAGGAACUGGAGCAGAAAAAGGGCGGCUGCUUGGCCUGCUGUUGCGCCUGUUCUGGGUCCUCUGGUGCGUCAAGCUCCAAUUAUUGA